AACCCGUAUCACUAACACGACGACACAAUAUCUGCUUGGGAUAGGAUGAGAGCACCUUUCAGUGGACAUCAAUCGCCAACGGACCCGCGUUGAUGUACCACACUAUGUGCCGACUGUCAGGUUUAAACAUGAUGAUUAUCUUUGGCGGAAGCGAUCAAGCGACCCAGGCAUUCAACACGGUCCACACCUUCGAUCUCAACCUGGAAGUCUGGCAGUUGGCAGUGCCCGUCAGCGCAGGCAACGGCGGAACGAUACCCUCUGCUCGAAAGGGCCACACUGCAGUUUGCCUCAACAACACAAUGAUUGUCUACGGCGGAGGACCUGAUGGGCCGCUGGAUGACGAUGUAUGGGUCUUGGAUGCAUCCACGUCCCAAUGGGCUUGGAACAGGGUAGCGACCAACAAGCUGAUGGGACCUGGGCAGAGGACUGGACACUCGGCACUGUUGAAUGGCACCAACAUGCUUGUCUGGGGCGGAUAUGGUACACCCAUCCCUAGAGACACCAACAUUUAUAUUCUUGACACUACCGCCUGGCAAUGGACUUCUUCAAAGGAACCAAGUCCGACCGCACCGAUGCCUGCUGCACCUCCGCCCGUUGGAUCAGCGACAAAGGGCACCAAUUUGCCUCUCACUAUUGGGGUCAUCUGCGGCAGCGUUGUCCUGAUUGCGGCAUUUGUCGGCUUCUUACUAUUCAGGAGGAGGUCAUCUAGGAGAAAAGAGAGUCGGUCCCAGGGAACAAGUAGUUUCUUGAGCGAUGGCGAGCAGCAUAUCUCUAGGGAUAUCGUGGCCGAAGACAAACCGAGUUUGAACAGCACCUUGGGGAAGGAGUCCGCAUCUUCAGCCGGGAAACGGUCGCAAAAUGCGGCGAUUCGGAAAUCGAUGCCGCCGCAUGGAUACCCUAUGCAGUCUAUGGCAGCGUUUGCAGCGAUAGAACAAGAAUCGAGUUGGGCAGAGUCGAGUCGAUCAUCGGAACGGUACCAGCAUCCUCAUAGUGGGUCGCACAAGGGAUCGGAUCCGAAGACAACGACAAGUGGAUCAGCUGGUGUCAGAGUGGGCUCGGUCUCUUCGGAUCCGUUCUACCCAGCACACCUGGCAGAAGACGAUGAGGAGGAUGCAGAUCGGUGGACGUUUGCGUCGUCGUUGUCGUUUGAUCAGCGGGAUAGUAACCACAGCAUGCCGACGCUGCGGUAUAUACCCACUCGCGUCCAUGGCGCAGGAUCGACGCAGCGAUCGUUGGGCCAGUCGACAGGAAGCCUUGGUGGGAGCAGCUCGCAGAGAAUACCACUGAUGGUUCAUCCGCCAGGAGGUGCUUCACGGGCAUCACGUAGAGACCCGAGUGGGCUUUCGGUUCGGACAGGAAAUGGAUCUUCGAUCGGACCAGGAUCGAUCUCAUUCGCCACAGCAACAUCAACUGAGGUAUUAAACCGGGAUGGAUCAGGAAGUCCAAGGGAUGCGACGAUCUUUAACGCUGUGAGUCCGCUGGAUAGGGUCACUUUGAUGUGCUCGGGCAUGGAUGUGGCGGCGCGUCCGAGCGAGGAGGAGGCCUUGAUAUUGAACUAUCGUAGCAGUGGGUCGAUCCAGCUGCAUAGUCAGAAUGCAGAGAAGAAGGAGCAGCAGGCUCAGAAGAACGAGCAGGGACCGACGGAUCUUCGUCGCAAGGAUACGACCUCGACCUCGACCACCAAUUCUUCAACUACUUAUACAACUCUGGACAACCCGGCACUGGUUGCACUGGUGCAGAACUUACCAGCUCGGUACAAGGUUUCGAAAUCACCAAGUCCAAUUCAUGGAGAAACGAACGAUAUCUUGUUUGCGAUCGAUUCUGAUACUCAACAACCGAUUGUGAUCAAGUCCUUUGCGAGAAAGGAGGCCUGGGAGCGCGAGUGCCGGGUGCUGAAGCGAUUGCGGGGGCCCUAUAUUGUGGAGCUGAAGCAUGUAGCGACACUAGUUGUGUCCGAGACGGACGAUCCCAAUAAGCCAGCCAAGGUCCGGUUGGCAAUUCUGGAGAGACUGGACGAGACGUUGGCGCAGAUGUUGAAGAAUGCGAGGAAGGCCAAGAAGGUUGCGCUGCGCGAACACGCUCAACCGAACGAGACGUUAGAUCUGGCGGGCGCGGGACUCUAUCGGUCAGGAUCUUCUCUUGACGGAAAAUACAUUCGGGACAUUGGAAAGGGCGUACUGCGGUGUCUAACAUGGUGUCAUUCGAAGAAGAUCGUGUACUGCGAUCUGAAGCCGUCGAAUGUGAUGCAUAAUCGGGAUGAUUCUCGACAACAAUGGAAAUUGAUUGAUAUGGAGUCGUCAAGAGUUGCGAACGAGGAGUGUAUCGGAAUCGGAACAGUGCGGUAUUGUCCGCCGGAGGUGGCGAGAGGCACGACGGUGGAUAAGCAGGCGUCGUCGGGUGUUACGGCCAACUUUAGUAUCGACCUUUGGGCCUUUGGAUGCUUGGUCUAUGUAAGGCGGUCUUCGCGACUAUUAUGCCUUUUGAUGGUGAUAGAUGCACAGCUUCGUUUACUGAUGCUUCUUUUAUUAAUUCGUUUCCGAUGUAUAGGAACUGUUUGCGACGAGGCCGUUGUUUCCGUUAUCGCUAUCGGAUGACACGGUAUUGCACUUUUUGGCGCAUCCUUCAGCCGACACGCCCGCAUUAGCGAAUGGGUUGCGAUGGAAGAGUGCUCGGGAGCUUGAGAUCC